AUGGCAUCUCUUGCCUCUGUUAAUGGAACGAACCCUAGGCCGAAAGAUAUUAUCAAUAGAUGGCAAGAAUCAGGUUCAUAUUGUGUUUUAACACGCGAUUUCAAUAAUUUAGAGCCGAGCAAAUCGUCCUUCAACUUACCUGAUUCCCUAUCGAACAGUACAACAUUUAAGCAAGUUGGGGUAGACAAUAUUCCUGUGGAAAUUGCACAUUACUCUUACUCAAUUCUUGAAAAUGCUCCUUCUCUUGUGAUAACACCUCCAGAAGUUUUGAGUAGAUGGUUGUUGAUUUUGAAAAAUUCAGUGUUUGAAAAGCAAGUAAGGUUGUCCUUAUGGAAUAGUACAUUUAGUGAUUCAUUUACAAUAUUCCCCUUGUAUGAAAGUCCGUCUUCCAUUAGCUAUGUGCAAUUGGAUGAGGUAGUAAAUGCAAAGGAUAUAAUAGUGAGCGAACUAGAAGAAUUAAUAUCAAACGAUUUGGAAAAAUUCAAGAAAUAUUAUGAAAUUAAUAUUGAGGAAGGAAAGGGAUUGGGAUAUUCACCUAUUCUUCAAUAUCAAACUUGUAAUUCUUCAUUUUCUAAUUCUACACAAGUAUUGGAGUAUCACUUAGCUCUAUUUAGGAUUGAUUUUUAUUUGAAUUUGAUUUUAAGGAAUAAGGAUGUGAUUAGUGUUGGAGCAUUUACACAAGAUGGGAAAUACAAAACACAAAUCAAAUUCAUGGAUGAAAGUGUCAGAAGCAUUGAUUAUGCCUACUUAAUUCAAGCCAUUAGAAACAUGCUUAUUAUUGGAAAGUUUGACUUGUAUCUAUCCUUUUCUAAUAAUACAGCAACAUUCUCUUUGGAGUACUACCAAAAUUUAGAAAAGAAGGAUUUGAAAUCUAUUUAUCUGUUAAUGGUCCACCCUGUUUGCUUUAGUUUUUACUUUGACUAUGCAGAUAUUUACUAUUUUAAAGAUGGGCUAUUCUUUCCAAUUAUUGUAAAUGAUGUUAUUUACUUUGGCAUUGCACUUUUUGGAAUAAUUCUAUAUCUUGCCAAUAUUGUGAGUUAUCUGUUCAACUUUUUGCUGUUCAUUAAGAAGAGAAUUCUCUUGCCAAUUAUUGGACCUCCUUCUCUGAUUGUUUUGAGCUUGUUUUUCACAAUCUUAAUCAGAUCUAAACUUGCAUCCGCUGGUUAUUGGAUUCAAAUGAUUAUUGUUUUCUUCCCAGCUCCAGUAUUAAUUGGUAGUUAUUUGGUGUGCCUGUAUAGAUUUGCCUACUUGAAGAAUAUUGAUCUGUGCCACAAAUAUUGUUGUGAAUCACUUAGGUUACACAGAUGUUUGACUUCUUCUCCACUUGCUGUUUUGUUUUCAUUGAUUUCAACUGUAGUUUGUUUCAUAAUUUGUCUCGUGCCAAUAAUUGCUGCAAGCGUUGCUCUAGCCUACUCAUUCCUCAACCUCCCCCAGGAGAUAUUCAUUACCAUGUUUGCUAUUGAAGUGAUUUUCAUAUUGGUAUGUGCUGGAAUAUUCUUCGUUGCUGAUUUGGUUAGUAGUGGAUUCAAAACCAUUCGUAAGAAGGGAAUUUCGUACUACCUCUUCUUUGACGAUCCCAUGGGAUAUAGAAUUGAUUUAAUAUUGAUGGUUGUUAUGUUGAUUUCAGUAAUUCCAAUAAUUGCUGGCUCAGUUCAAGAUACGACUUCAUUCUUUGUGGUGAGAAAGAUUGUCUCAAUUAUAUAUUUUGCCUUGUUUUAUUUUGUUAUUGGAGGAACUGUGACAUUAUCUUAUUGGAUUAAUAGAUUGAGAAAUUUCAAUGUGAAAUCAGAUUCAACCCAAUUGGAAAUUUACUUACGAGAUGAUGAAUUCAGAAAGAUCUUUAGAACGUAUUGUGCUAAUGAAUAUUCCACAGAAAAUUUUAUAAUUUAUGAAGAUUUGGAAAACUUGGAUGUGAAAGGAAAAUGUACCGAGGAAGAAGUGAAAGAAUUUCAUCUCAAAUACAUGACCUCAACUUCUCAAUUCGAAGUGAACUUUCCCUCCUUUGUGAAAAAACGAUUUGAGGAAAUUUUAGAACAAUUAGAAUCUCAAACCAUCUCCAAACCAACGUCUCCAUCAACAGCAAGUGUCAGCACCAACAAUUUAUUGGAAUCAGAAUCAGUUUUUCUCACUACCAGUGCCAUGGUACACUAA